AUGCAUGCCUCUGUCGCUGUGCUCCGUCAAAAGGCACGGACCGAGCGCUUGCAGCUGGCGCUGGAUCACCUGAAGAGGCCGGACCUUAGCCGCCUCAGCAGCGUCAAGGGCGCGCACAUGAAGCUCAUGCAGGUGUGUGGGGUGGACGGGCUGACGGCUGCACUCAAUGCGCUCAGUAUGGGCGUGGAGGAGGUAGCUGUGGGGCGAGGUGGUGAACAAGACCCAGAGGAUGAGGUCGUUAAGACUCUCGCCGCGGACGCGGAGGCGGCGCUCAAUGAGCAGAUAAAUGACAACUUUACAGAGUACUCCGACUCCGACGAGGAGGAGCUGAAGGACACGGGGGAGGUUGAGAGUGCUGGGGGUAGGAAGUUGAUGGCGCCGCCGCCGCCGUUACUCGGAUCUGUCGGGAUUUUUCGGUCCACUAGAGCAGCGUGCGUGAACUUCUACCGCGACGCUCUCCUCGUGGAGGACUUCGCUAUGCUCAACUACACGGCGGUGAUCAAGCUGCUCAAGAAGCGUGACAAGCUUGCGGGCACCUCGGACCAGCGGCCGUUCAUGGCGGAGGUCAUGGCCAAUCAGCCGUUCGCCAUGUGAGACGGGGAGGAAGGGGUAGAGGCGGGGGGGGAAGGUGGUAGAAAGAGAGAAAGAGGUGUCGGCAACAGGAAGUUUGGGUGCUCUUGCAGAUGGACGUGUGAAAGAGGGACUGCGGUGCGUUGUCUUUCGACGUUUCAAGUUUGGUUCUGGUGCUGGUGCUGGUGCCGGUGCCGGUGCCCGUCGCUUGCUUCUUCCGUUCGCGCCCGUGUUGCAUGCGAAGCGCUGUUUUUUUUGUCUUGGCCUUUCUUUCUGGAUGUCGGUUUUUUCACCUUUUGUAAAAUUAACAAUCUGGACGCACCAGCCGGGGUCACGCAGACAGGAGGAAUGAAAACCACCCACUUGAGUUUCAAACAUCCAAGUUAUUUUCUCCUCCUUCCUUCUGCGGUGCUCGCCCUUGAUUUUUAUCGCGAGAACGAUUGGGAGAUUCAGGUCGUGUUUACCGACGGCCGUUGUGUCCGGCUGGAAGUGGCCAGCCAAGAGUGCUUGGCACGGUGCUGCUCCUGCCGACCUGUGCGUAGAGUAGGCCUGUCUCCUUUCAGCCAUUUUUUAGGUGCUGCUGCAUGCCAGUAGCCCCCUUGUGAGGCUCUCCCUCUGUGUGUUUUCCCUUGAUCUCCGCAGCUGCUUGGGUCGGGAACCGCACAGUAGCCGAUGCGUGGUUCCGAUCGAGCUCUCUCUCCCUUGCUGUUGACUUGUUUUUGCAGCGUCUAGCGUCGGCGCAAUCAGAACGUGUGUUUGGAAGAACGGUCACGUUCUCUCUCGAGACGCCUGU